AUGAUGUUUGGUGUAGACUGGAGUUCAUCUGUAUACUUUUUAGGAAUGCCUGACGAAGUCUCUGAGGAUUAUUUGAGACGAGAAAUCAGUGAUCACUAUGAUUUAAAUAUAUCUCAUCUUGCCUAUUUUGCAGCUGUUGUCUAUGAUUCGGAAUACAACAUCAGAUGGCGUAGUGUUAUGGUUAUGGGAAGUGUCUCAAAGGUAUUGUCAAUUCAAUAUGCUGUAAUGAUAUUUUGUGGAGUCAGAAUGCACAGGAAAAUGGCAGAGAAGAUGGAGCAAUUUUCAAUAACAAAUCGGAAAAUGCACACUCAAUUAUUCAAAACUCUGGUUGUCCAGAUCACUGUUCCAACUUUUACCAUCUUCUCACCAGUAUUAAUUAUGUUUGUCAUUCCAUUUUUUGAUCUACAAAUUGGAAUUCCAACAGGAACAAUUCUGUGUGCACUUUCUUUAUAUCCAUUCAUAGACGGACUAAUUGUUAUAUUUAUUGUUUCUGACUAUCGAAAAGCAGCAUUGGACAUAUACCAUCGAUUAGUCUACCGUAUCACAUGUGGGCGUGUCAAACUAUUCCAAAUUCAGAAGUAUGAUUUCUCGAUUAGCGGAGCAAUGGGUACUGAUGGAAAUUCUGUCGUUCGCACGAAUCGGGUCGCUGCUAGUUCCAGAUUGACUGUUUCUAGUUUUUAA